AUGAUUCGAGGACGGAAGAAAGGAUGCGUCCAGGUCCUGCUCGUCCUGGGCUUAGCUGUUGGGACCUUAUUUCUCCUCUUCCAUAAGGAUUUCUCGGAGUCCUUCUUGACCCAUUGGGAAGUCUGGACCUCCCCUGAGCCCCAGCAGCAAAGUGUUCUAGAGCCCCAGCUCCUAAAGGUGUCUGAACGUCCCCUGGUACCCUGCUUUACCAAUACCUCUAUGAUCAGUGUGUCUGGCUUCUCGUCUCAGCCCAAGCAUAUCCAGGACUUCCUCCUUUACAAACACUGCAGAGAUUUCCGCAUCCUUCAGAGCCCUCCCCCAAAUAAGUGCACACAGCAGUCCCCCGGGACUUCGGCCCCAGUCUUCCUCCUCCUGGCUAUCAAGUCAUCACCUAAGAACUACGAGAGGCGGGAAAUCCUUCGUCAGACAUGGGGAGAGGAGCGGGAGGUCCGUGGAGCCGCUAUUCGCCGCCUCUUCUUGGUAGGCACCGAUUCGGAUGUCCUGGAGGCUCAAAAAGUGAAUCAGCUCCUGGCUAUGGAGGCCCAGACCUAUGGUGAUAUUCUCCAGUGGGAUUUCCGGGACUCGUUUUUCAAUCUGACCCUGAAGCAGGUGCUGUUUCUGGAGUGGCAGGCUGUCCACUGCCCCAACGCCCUCUUCAUCUUCAAUGGAGAUGACGAUGUCUUUGCCCACACAGACAACAUGGUGGUGUAUCUGCAGGGUCACAACCCGGACAAUCACCUGUUUUCCGGCUAUGUCAUCAGCCACGUGGGACCCAUCCGUGUACCAUGGAGCAAGUACUACGUAUCGGAGCUGGUGGUGAAGGAAAAUAGGUACCCCCCUUAUUGUGCAGGUGGCGGGUUCCUGAUGUCUCGAUUCACGACCGGGGCCAUCCGGCGUGCCUCCCGGUUAAUACCCCUCAUCCCCAUCGACGAUGUCUAUAUGGGCAUGUGUCUGGAGCACGAAGGGCUGGCACCAACCAGCCAUUCGGGCAUUAGGAUGGUGGGUGUCCGUUCACCAUCAUCCCGCUUAGGGUCCUUCGACCCCUGCUUUUACAAGGAACUGCUCUUGGUCCAUCGUUUCUUGCCCUAUGAGAUGCUUCUCAUGUGGAAAGCCCUCAAGAAGCCAGGACCAAAAUGUGGUAAAUUAGCACUGCUUUACCCAUGGAACUGA